UCCUUAAAGGGGAAGUGAGCGGGGCUACAGGGCGGGUGCGGGGUGCGGUGGUCCGCGGGGGAGGUCCCCCGCGCUUUAAAAUAAUGCCCGCGGCGCCCGCGCGACCAUGCAAUGGCGAGCGCUCGUCCUGGGGCUGGUGCUCCUCCGGCUUGGCCUCCAUGGAGUGCUGUGGCUCGUCUUCGGGCUGGGGCCCAGCAUGGGCUUCUACCAGCGUUUUCCACUCAGCUUCGGCUUCCAGCGCCUGAGGGCCCCCGACGGCCCCGAGUCUCCAGCCUUGGGGCCCGCCGGCCGGCCCGGGCCGCCCGGGGGGCCGUCGCGGCCGUCGUGGCUGCAGCCGCCCGUCUCUGGGGCGACGACGGCGGGACGGCGGCGGGCCCCGCGGCGGCCGGAGCCGGGAGUGUGCGGGCCGGCCCACUGGGGCUACGUGCUGGGCGGCCGGGGCCGCGGCCGGGACGAGUACGAGAAGCGCUACAGCGGCGCCUUCCCGCCGCAGCUGCGCGCCCAGAUGCGCGACCUGGCGCGGGGCAUGUUCGUCUUCGGCUACGACAACUACAUGGCGCACGCCUUUCCCCAGGACGAGCUCAACCCCAUCCACUGCCGCGGCCGAGGGCCUGACCGCGGGGACCCUUCAAAUCUGAACAUCAAUGAUGUCCUGGGGAAUUACUCAUUGACUCUUGUGGAUGCACUGGAUACACUUGCAAUAAUGGGAAAUUCAUCCGAGUUCCAGAAAGCAGUCAAGUUAGUGAUCGACACAGUUUCAUUUGACAAAGAUUCCACCGUCCAAGUCUUUGAGGCCACAAUCAGGGUCCUAGGAAGUCUCCUUUCUGCCCACAGAAUAAUAACUGACUCCAAGCAGCCCUUUGGUGACAUGACAAUUAAGGAUUAUGAUAACGAAUUACUGCACAUGGCCCAUGAUCUGGCUGUGCGCCUCCUGCCGGCCUUUGAGAACACCAAGACAGGGAUCCCCUAUCCUCGGGUGAAUCUAAAGACAGGAGUUCCUCCUGACAGCAAUAAUGAGACGUGUACAGCAGGCGCUGGUUCCCUUCUGGUGGAAUUUGGGAUUCUGAGCCGACUACUGGGGGAUUCUACAUUUGAGUGGGUGGCCAGACGUGCUGUGAAAGCCCUUUGGAACCUGCGGAGCAAUGAUACGGGAUUAUUAGGCAAUGUGGUGAACAUUCAGACGGGCCGCUGGGUUGGAAAGCAGAGCGGCUUGGGCGCUGGCCUGGACUCCUUCUAUGAAUACCUCUUGAAAUCUUACAUUCUCUUUGGAGAAAAGGAAGACCUCGAGAUGUUUAAUGCUGCGUACAGGAGUAUUCAGAACUACUUAAGAAGAGGGUGUGUCUCCUCUCUUGCCCGUCGGGAAGCCUGUAACGAAGGAGAAGGAGAUCCGCCUCUGUAUGUGAACGUGAACAUGUUCAGCGGGCAGCUGAUGAACACUUGGAUCGACUCUCUGCAGGCCUUCUUCCCUGGACUGCAGGUUCUGAUAGGAGAUGUGGAAGAUGCCAUCUGCCUCCAUGCCUUUUACUACGCCAUCUGGAAACGCUACGGGGCCCUCCCUGAGAGGUACAACUGGCAGCUGCAGGCCCCCGACGUGCUCUUCUACCCGCUGAGACCCGAGUUAGUGGAGUCUACGUAUCUUCUCUACCAGGCAACCAAGAAUCCCUUCUACCUCCAUGUAGGAAUGGAUAUUCUGCAGAGUCUGGAAAAGUACACAAAAGUCAAGUGUGGUUAUGCAACGUUGCAUCACGUCAUAGACAAAUCCAAAGAGGACCGGAUGGAGAGCUUCUUUCUCAGUGAGACCUGUAAAUACUUGUAUCUGCUAUUUGAUGAGGAGAAUCCAGUCCACAAGUCUGGAACCAAAUACAUGUUUACAACUGAGGGACACAUUGUGUCUGUGGAUAAACAUCUGCGGGAAUCACCCUGGAAGGAAUUCUUUUCUGAAGACGGAGGGCAGGACCAAGAAGGGAAGUCUGUGCACAGGCCUAAGUCACCCGAGUUAAAAGUCAUCAACUCCAGCUCCAAUUGCAAUCGUGUUCCUGACGAGAGGAGAUACUCGCUGCCCUUAAAGAGCAUCUACAUGCGGCAGAUCGACCAAAUGGUUGGCUUGAUAUGAUCUACUUUCCUCUGUGUGGCCUCAUCUGAAACUGGAUGGAAACAGCCGAAACCACGCUGUGCAGAGAUCCAGUCUGAAGUGGAAGAGGGUGGAAGUCGGGCCAUCUGUGAGGGUGUAGGGAUUUCUGUCCAACUCCUCACACACGUCUAGCAGAGUCUUGCAUGCAGUAGUUUCUCUUCUGUUCAAUAAAAUGUCCUGUUUUUCUUAAUGGUAAAAUUUGAAGUAAGAAGGUGCGUAGACGUUGGCCUCCUAGGACAUGCUGAUUUUAUAAACACAGUGUGGAUGGGGCAUCUUUGGAUGGACUUGCAUGGCUUCCCACUUUGGAAUCCAACAAGUGUGUUCCAGUCUCCAGCACUUGCUGUGACUGCAGUAUUGCUACCUCUCUGUUAGAGGACUGUGAACGAAAUUUCCGUGUAAAGGGCCCGAGGUUCAUCCCUAUUUAUUGCAUUUUGUUAUCUUUCUCUCUCAUUAGAUGAUAGGCUCUCCUUCCACCCAUGAUUUUGGAUCACAGUGGUGGAAAUCAUACUGUUUUUCAUUUGCACCCCACAUAAUUGUCACAGUGUUACAAGUUAAUUGCUUAUGAAUAACUUUUAUCUGAAUUUCAAAAGGCAGUCUUUUAAGUUGUCACACAGCUAGAUCUUUUGGAUGGUAUAUUACAUUUAAUUUGAACUUAACUGAGAAACUCCCAUAGUGCCAGAACCAGGUGCCUUUUAGGGAGAGAAAAACCCAAGAAUGUCUGAGCUUCCAUCUUUCUCAUACCUACUAACCAAGGAUUCUCAAUUCUGACCAUGUUUGGGUUAGAAUUUUGUUUUGUUUUUGUUUUCUCUGUCCAGUGCCAAUUAGCUAAGUCAGGGAGAAAGAAAUGAUCAGAUGACUCUGGCAUCCCCGAGCUGUUUUUCUGUACUACAGGCUUUAGCUUAGUGCCUUAUAGGAUUUUGGUUGGGGCCGCUGCUUGUCACAGCUGCUGCUCUGGUUUUAGCAGCCUUGUUUUGGGUUGUCACAGGGUGGGACAGUGAAAAAGGGGAAGGGAUGAGUAUCAAUAAGAUUCUGGAAAAUUCUUGGCCAGUCCUUGCCUUUCAGCCUGAUACUUUAGGCAAACCUACAUUAGGAGGAAGUUGUGCCACAUUGCCUUCUUUCUUUGUUGUUAUUUUCUUAGCCAGAAUAGAGCAUCUCUGUUUGAACUGAGGCUGAAGGCGCCUCCGGAGCAGAGGUGGACGUGAACCCUUAGCCUGGCUUCCAUAGAACGUCUGAGGUUGAAAUGAGUCCUGAUACAAAGGGUAGAAGUCUUCUAAGAACCUCUGAUCUCACCUGUCAUUACUUGCACAGCCUUACCAUGCUUACCUGUCUCUCCUUGCACACUUCAAAUGAUUUCCUCUUCAUCUUCUUAAAACCAGAAAUGUGGUCUGAGCCAUUGUAUGCCAAUCAAAGGGAGAAGUUUUAUUCCUUCUUGGAAAAUUUCAGUGUUACUGUUUUGUUUUGUUUUUUCCUUUUUUUAAAUAGAUACAGAAUUCAGUUCUUAGAGAGUUUUGAAAAAGGGAUUUUCACCUCUGUCUUUUUAAAUAUUUACUAUGCAAAUUGUUAUAAACAAAGUCAUAUGCUCUGUUUUACCUUUGCUCUUCAUUUCAGAAGCAUUCUCUUUAUCAACCUUGUGUCAUCUCCUGAACAGAACAUAUUCUUGGAGAACACUACAUAUUUUAGGUGUUCUUGUCUUGGUUAAAUCAGAAUGUUCCAUUUGACAUACCCACGUGCACACAGGCACAGCGUCCCUGGACCUUCUCUCCAGGCAUACCGAGUCGGGACUGUAAGUGUCCCUUUUUGGGGGAUAGGGUAUGUCAGGGAAGAAAUUGGGUCUCAGGGCAACAGUUCUCUCUCUUGUGGCCUUGCUGGGUUCCCUCUCCAGCUUCUGGGACAACAUCGAUGUGUAGCAUUCCAACACCAUCUUCUCAUCUGGGACCUUAACAUGUCUCCCGCUCUGGCAUUCCCUCCCUCUUAUGCUCAGGAGUAGGGAUCUGUGCCGCAGGGCCACUAACGCACGCCAGGGGCCAUAGGCUGGCCUAAGAUCUGUUUUGUAUGAAGUCUCAAACCCCCUUGAUUGCUGGGCAUUGACGUCUGUCAGUUGGUGAGACUGAGGGUGAAGGCAUUACUGCACACUAAUCCUGGUGGUUGAGCUUCCAGACUACCCCAUCUAAAGUUGGAGGCUGCCCGGGAUCUGUAGGGCUAGAGGCAGGAUGCUGUCUAGUGCCAGUCAUGAAACGAGGGUUCUUUGAGCCAAGUUCAAAGCUUGUUUUCUUUUUGGAAAUCAGAAUGUCAACAACUGUGUUACAUCUUGCAGGGCUUUUGCUGUUUUCUUUUGUUCUGGGUUGCAGGAUACCUGGUGGGGGAGGGCCAAGGAGGGGGCUGCUAAAGAGAUUCCUGGGCUCCAUGCUUUGCCCCAGGACUGCCCUGAUUGCGAACAGACGUCAUCCUUUAACAGCUGUGAGUCCACACUGUCCUCAAGUUCCCCUGGGUAGUUAGUUAGUGUCUGGAGUCUGGUCGACACGAGGCAUACAGUUUUGCAAAACUCUUCCAGAAAGCUGCCCUGUUAGGCCACGCCACGGGGUUUUCAGUUGGUACAGGGCGGGCUUUGCUGCUUUCAGUGAUGUGACUCAGGAGCUCCAUUUCCAGAAUAGUAGGUGACAGAGGAAGUGUUGGCUGGCUUCCAGCUCUGCUGGCCUUUGUGAGGAACCAGCUUCUAUGUUCAUGUGCUUUCCUGCAGUUUGUUCUAGCUCUUCUACCUGAAUUUAGUCUGUGUCUCCUUAUCCCAGGUUCUUUGUCCUGGAUUGGGGGGCAGGCACAUGUCACUCAAGUCAUUGUGUGUUUCUGCACCAGGGUGGUGUCUGUGCAGGUGAAUUUUAGAGGAGGCUCUGUGUGUAACCCGAGGGCUUGAAUGUGGCUCCCCUUCCGUCCCUCCCCUCCCCCACCAAAGAAAAAUACCCUCUUAGCCAUUUCCUUAGCUCAAUUUAUUGAAUGAUUGCAGACUGUAAUUCUUUGCUUUGGAUCUUGUGGACUGAACAUCAGACAUCCUUUUCUUCUCUCUGUAGGGCUCCAGAGGUCUUUCUCUUUUGACACUUUCGAAUCUAAUGCUGGUGAAAAGGUAGGGCUGAAUGAUUGCUCUAACCAGAGUACCUGAGCAGGGACUUCUGAAGAAAACCUUGGUCUUUCCUUUUCCAUUCCCAGACAUCCAGCUCCUUCUCUAGUGCCUCUUCCCUGCAGGGCAGGGACCCUUGUGAAAGAGGGAAGGUGGGUUGGCUGGGUGUGUCCCAGGUUUUGUAGGGCUCAGGGUUCUGUUCCUGCUGGAGUUUGGAUGUGAAUCCGGGAAAAAGUACCUGUGGACCUUCCUGAUUCAUUAUACCCCCUUUCCCUCUUUCUGAGAGGCAGAGAAAUAAUGUUUUUAAAAGGUAUUUUGUUUUAGUUUUAAAUAGCAAAACACAAGCUGCAUUUUUAUUUAUUAUGCACAAGAAAGGUAAAUCUGUUUUUACACAAAAAUCUGGAGUUGGAAACUCUGGGAAAACCAAUUGAGAUACACACGUGCUUCUCUCUCUGUAAUGUGCAAUAUGCUUUGCAACUAUAGAUGAUAUUUUAUGUUUAAUCUGUAAAUAAGAAAUGUAUUUAAAUUAAGAGGGAGCUUUUUGUAAAAGGACCAAAUGUUCUUUUAUAAAUGUACUAAGAAAUAUCUUGUUCUUUGAAAUUUAUUAGGAUUUUUAUGAGUAAUUUUUAUUAAAAGAUUUUUUUUGAAUUGUCA